AUGGCAACAAUGAUUCAGACUCAAUACACACAGGUCGAACUGCUGACUCUCCAUGGACCGGAGUUUCGUCGAGUGUCCACUGCACCGCCCAGAUUACCUACCGAGGAUGAGAUCCCGAUCAUUGAUCUAAGCACCAUCGAUAAUGGUUUUGAAGCCAGGAAAGCGAUCGCAUCUCAAGUUAAAGCUGCGGCGGAGAGUACGGGAUUCUUCUAUAUCACGAAUCAUGGUAUCUCGGAAGAGCUCCUGGAUCGUGCGCUCUCAAAAGCUCAGGAGUUUUUUGGUCAAACGAUCGAGCAGAAGGAGCUGGUCUCGAAUAAGAGAUCCAAGCAUGCAGAUGGCUUUCACGGUGUGGGAAGUACACAGGUCAAUAAGACAGAGACGCGAGACCGCAAGGAAACCUUCUCACUGCGCUACAAUCCUCUAAAUGACCCAACAAUGUCCAACCCAGAAGCCCUGCUCUCUGAUCCAAGCUAUUCCUAUGGCAAUGACGAGUUCCUAUGGGAAGGGACGUCUCACAUCCCCGGCUUCAAGGAAACAACCAUUGAAUUCUGGCAGCGACGCCUAACUCUCGCCCGCAAAAUGAUCCGCAUCUUCGCAUUAGCCCUCGACAUGCCCGAAGACUACUUCGACUCCGUGACCACAAACCCGGGCGCCGACGGGCUAUACGUCCACUACCCCGGCUGCCCCGAGACUAUAUCCGACGACGCCGAGACAGACGUCGGGAUCGGCUCGCAUACUGAUAUUCAAUGCGUCACUCUAUUAUGGCAGGAUAUGUCGGGCGGAUUACAAGUUCUCUCUGCGAGUGACGAGUGGUUAGAUGCGCGACCUAUUCCCGGGACUAUAGUGGUGAAUAUUGGGGACUUUUUGCAGCGGCUUUCGAAUAAUCGGUUCAAGUCGACGGUGCAUCGGGUGUAUAACCGACAGACUACGUCGAGGUAUUCGAUGCCGUUUUUCUUGGGAUUUAAUCCUGAUUCGGUGUGUACGGUUGUGCCAUCGUGCGUGGAUGAGGAUCAUCCAGCGUUGUAUGAGCCUAUCUCUUGUGGGAAGUGGCAUCAAAAUCGCCUUGCACUGGCGCAGGGUAAAACUAUUACUGCAUGA